AGUUGUAAAACAACCAACUCAGACUGAAAUGCCUAAAAAGAAGACUGGACAAAGGAAAAAGGCAGAAAAAGCCAAAGUAAGACAAAAAUUACUUCGACAACAAAGAUUAGAAAUUGAUCUCAUCAAUCAUCCUUCUAAUAUAAUAAUGGAGUGCGGUCAAUGUGGGAAGAAACAAAAGAAUAGAGCGUUUUGUUACUUUUGCCAGGCUGUGCAAAGACUUCCAGUGUGUUGUCAUUGUGGCAAACAAAAGUGUUCUGCUCGUUCGGGAGAUUGUCUUGUUAAACAUGGUUCCACCCACGUUACUGGACUUGGUAUGGUGGGAGCGAUUUGCGAUUUUUGUGAUGCGUGGAUUUGUCAUGGGGAAAAGUGUUUAUCAGUACAUGCUUGCGAAUGUCCUUUGAAAGAUUCCACUUGCAUUGAAUGUCAACGUGGAUUAGAUAGUCAUGGCGGUCGAGUCUUUUCUUGUGCUUAUUGUAAUCAUAAACUUUGUGAAGAUGAUCAAUUUGAGCAUCAGGCAAGCUGUCAGUGUUUGGAAGGAGAAAACUUCAAAUGUCCAUCAUGCAAUAAAAUGGGAACACAAACGUGUCUUCGCUGUAAAGUGUCCUUUUGUGAUGAUCACUGUAAAAGGAAGGGCGUUAAAUAUGAGCGUGGGAAACCUAUUCCCUGUCCGAAAUGCAGCCAUGAUCUAACAGCCAGUUACAACUUAAGCAUGUCAGUUCGUACUUACGAAUACGGUCGUCAAGCGCAUACAGAUUACUAUUCAGACGAAGAUACAACUAGUGAAGAUGAUGAAGAACAGUACUCUGAAAAUUCAGAAGACAACGAACAUGUCGCUGAUGAUGAUAAUGAUUAUAAUUUGUCAGAAAAAUUAAUUAUUAAAAAUUAAUAAGUACAAUCAAUAAAUUAAAGUCUUAUUAUUUGAGUUAAAAGUGAAAUUACCAUAGCCAAGAAAGUAAGUCCAAUAAAAUAGUGCAAUUAUUAUUGCCUAAAAGAAUUUUUUAAAAAUCAUUCUGUUU